GUGGACUCAAGUCUGUCUUUAUUGCAAAUCAGAACAAUCUGGAUAUCAUUCUCGACAUGGCUCCUGAUAUUCAAAGAAAGAGAAAGUUUUCGGUCUCUGAAGCUUCAAGGCCAGAUCAAAAACAGAUCUCUCAAUUACUGUCAAAGCAGGCUGAUAUUUCAUUUCCUAGAGGUGGUGCUUCAAUAUUAACUCCAUUGGAGGUCAAAGAAAUUGCCAAUGAAGCUGCUAGGGAUGUCUUGUUUGAAACAAAUGAGGCCAAAGCUACCGAACCCUUGAAAAAAAAAUCUAAAAACACUAAAUUUAAAAAUAAAAAUACUGCUGAAAACAAAAAACAUUCUAUUUCUGAUAAGGAUAUUGAGGAAUCAGAACAUAUAUCUAUCGACGAAAUCUCCAAAAACAUAUUAAAAGUUGGCUCAAUGGUUCUAGGUCAAGUUAGACAAGUCAACGAAUUCAAUGUCAUACUAUCUUUACCAAGUGGAAGAACCGGUUUCGUCUCAAUAACUGAUAUAUCAGACGAAAUCACUGAUAGAGUUGUGGAAUAUGAAAACUCAAAAGCACCUAUAGAUUCUAAUUCUAACGACUCGGAAUCAGAAUCAGAAUCAGAAUCAGAUGCUGAAAGUGAGAACGAAGAUGAAGACACCAUUAAAAUCAAAAACAAUAUUACUAAAUCUGAACCAAAAGAAAAAUUCAAAAUUCCUACUAUUAAAAAUUUAAUAAAAGUUGGCCAGUGGUUGAGGGCCAUUGUGAUUGAGCCAAACCAUGAUCUUCCUGCACAAUAUAGAAAAAAGAAAGGAUUCAAACAAAUUGUAUUGUCUCUUGAACCUUCACUAGUAAACCAGUCAUUAGAUACUGAUGACUUGAUACCUAAUCAAACCAUACAAGGAACCAUCAAAUCCAUAGAAGAUCACAUCAUUAUUUUCAAUGUUUGUGCUUUUAAAGAAUAUAAUUUUUUUCUUCAUAAAAGUGAUUUACCAAAAGAUACAAAUUUGACAAAUUACAAUGUUGGUUCUAUGCAACUUUUAUCAAUUAAAUCUGUGGCUAACAAAACUAUAAAUGUUACUUUAGCAAGUAAUUUUUCCAAAAAAAACCAGAAUCUAGUUAAAAAUAUUUCUUCUAUAGAUAGCGUUGUUCCUGGCAAUUUGGUUAAUUUAGUUAUAUCCCAAAUAAGCAAAAAUGGUAUUGCAGGAAAAAUAUAUGGUGUGAUUAACUCCUCCAUAAACUUGAUACAUUUGAAUUUAUUUAACUUUGAUCAACUACAAAACAAUUUUCAAGUUGGUUCAAUUAUAAAAGUCAGAGUUUUAGCCAGUUAUAUUAUUAACAAUUCAAAAAAGUUGUUUGUGUCUAUUUUAGAAAAAAUCUUGACAUUCAAGGAAUCUAGAGCAACAGAACUUUUUCAACUAAAAGGCAAAUUCUCUAUUGGAAGUGUUAUUAAUGGUGCUGAGAUUGUUGGGGAAGAUUCUGAACGCUUUUAUUUUAAUCUUGGGAGCAACAAAAGAGGUUUUGCUCUUAAAACUGACACCAAAACCAAUUCUAUCUCGGAUGAAAAAGUGGUUGGAACAAAGUGUAACGCUGCAAUAAUGAGAUAUGAUACAUACGAAUCAAGAUUUCUUUUAUCAUUAAAAGAUGGAUACAUAACAAGAGAGUAUAUUUCUCCAAAGGAUGUUCCAAUUGGAAAAAUCUUAACUGUCACCGUUAAAAAAAUUCAAAAAACAAACAAGCAAGAAUCAAUUCGAUGCAAAACUGUUGGUAGCAAUUUUCCUUGUUAUGUUCCACAUAAUCAAGUAAAUGAUCUUUAUUUUAUAAAAGCAUCGCAAAAAUAUAAAGUCGGUGAUCAAGUUGAGGCCAGAGUAAUUAAUUACAAUCAUGAUGCUCGUGAGCUCAUUCUUACCUUUAGAGAUUCAUUUAUUAAUGCAAAUAAGAAUGAAAUUAUAACUUCGUGGAAAAAUAUAAAAGUUGAUAACUCGUACAUUGGAUAUAUUUCUCAAAUCAAAGAAGACCAUGAUUAUGCUGAAGUGUCUUUUUUUGGAGAUGUCAAAGGUGCUUUGUCAAAAUAUAAAAUAAAUAAAAUCAAAUUUAAAAAGAUUGAAAAUAUUUUAACUUUAAAUCAAACUAUCAAAGUUAAUGUUUUAUCUGUUAAUUUAAAAAAAAAAAAUUUAAAAUUAGAUUAUACUUCUAAAGAUUCAAAUGACAAUGAAACUAAAGGUUUGAAAAAUUUGAUAUCGGGUCAAAGUAUAAUUGAAAAUGCAAUCAUUAAAAAAAAAACAUCUAAAUCUAUUACUGUAAAUCUUCCAGAUAAUGACUCUUUUGCUGUAAUAGAAUAUGUACAUUUAAGUGACGAAAAAUCAUCUCCUCAAAAACUUAUGAAAGAUCUAAAAAUUGGAAAGAAUUUGGAGUGUUUGGUUCUCAAGGCUAAGGGUAAUGCUUUGUUACUUACUUGCAAAAAAAGUCUCAUUGAAAGUGCAAAAAAUCAUCUGUUACCAAGGUCCUUCUCUGACUUAAAGCUUUCAGACCAACCUUUAUAUGGAUAUAUUGCUAGUAUCACUGAUAAGCAAUUAUUUAUUAGAUUUGCUGACGAUUUAACUGGGUGUAUGAAAAAAAAAGACGCUCUUGGUAAUCACAAGUCAAAAGUACUUUUAAGAAAUAUCUACUCUCUUAAUGAAUCGAUAAAGUGUUAUGUCUCUAAAAUAGAAACCGCAAAAAAACAAUUUUUUUUAAAAAAGAACCCUCCUUUCUCGAAAACAAUAAAUGAUAAUGCUGAUAAAGACUCAUCAAAAAAAGUUAAUUUAAAAUCAAAAAUAGAGCCAAAUAACCACAAAUUUGCCGAGAAACCUAUAUUCAGACCAAAAUAUGACCCCAGUCUAACCAUCAAAGAAGUAGAAAUCGGCAAAUUUUAUGGUGGAAUUGUGAAGUUGGUAUCACGGAAUUAUGUGAAUAUAAAACUAUCUGAUACUAUCACAGGCAGUUCGUUCAUUACUGAAGCUUUAGAUGACUAUGAUUUGAAUUUAAGUGAUACCUAUCAACCUAAGUCAAUUGUUACUUGCAAAGUUUUAUGUAUUGACAGCAAUAACAAAAAGUUAACUAUAUCUCUUCGUGAUGAUAAUAAGAAAACUUCAAAGGAUCCAUAUUAUAACUCAUUUGAACAGCUCAAAAGGGGCGAUGUUGUAAGAGGUUUUAUUAAGAAUAUCGCAGAUAUUGGUGUAUUCAUCUAUAUUGGGCGUAAUUUAACAGCUUUAGUUAGAAUUACAGAUUUGUCUGAUGAUUUUGUCAAAGAUUGGAAAAAUGAAUUUAAAGUUAAUCAGUUGGUCAAAGGAAGAAUACUCUCUUCAAAUGGUGAAGGCCAAAUAUUGAUGACAUUGAAAAAAUCUCAAGUUGAAGGCAAACUACUCAAAAUAUUCAGUGAUAUUAAAGUAGAUGAUAUUUUUGAGGGAAUAAUCAAAAAUAUCGCCGAGUUCGGUAUUUUUGUUAACUUGAAAGGAACUAACAAUAUUAAUGGUUUAUGUCAUAAAUCUGAAAUAUCUGACAGCAAAAACUUGUCAGAAUUAAAAGGAAUAUUUAAUGUGGGAGACAAGAUCAAAGUAAAAGUUUUGAAAAUUGAUAAUGCGAAAAAAAAGUUAUCAUUGGGAAUGAAAGCUUCCUAUUUUAUUAACAAAUCCAUAUCUAAAAAUGAAGAUAUUGAAAUGGCAGAUAUUGAUAUUUCUAAAAGGUCUAUUAGAGAUAAAGAAUUUAAAUCGACUGAAGCUGAUGAAAAUUUCGAUUUUGACUCUGAAAGUGAUAUUGAAAUGAAAGAUUUUUCUGAUGAAGAAGGCGAAAGUGAAAGUGAAAGUGAAAGUGAGAGUGAAGAUGAAGAUAAUGAAACUGAUACACAUGAAAAUGAAGAUUUGUUGCAAGGUUUAACAUUUAAUAGUCUUAGCACCAAUGGAUUUGAUUGGACUGCCAGUAUAUUAAAUCAAGCUGAUGACAAAGAUCCUUUCUCUGACGAUGAAGAUUUUAUGGACGUUCAAAAAAAGAAAAAGAAAGUAAAGAAAACUCAAACUGAAGAUAAAACAGCACAAUUAAACUCUAGAACGCCCCAAUCUGUUGCUGAUUAUGAAAGAUUAUUGAUUGGAGACCCAAAUUCAUCAACUUUAUGGGUUGGAUAUAUGGGAUUCCAGUUAUCGUUGAGUGAGAUUGAAAAGGCCCGUGAAAUUGGUGAAAGAGCAUUGAAAACCAUUUUCUAUAGAGAAGAAGAGGAAAAAAGAAAUAUCUGGAUAGCGUUGUUAAAUCUUGAAAAUAGUUUUGGAACUGAUGAAACUUUGGAUAAAUGUUUUAAAAAGUCAUGCCAAUAUAUGGAUUCUUUGACAAUGCACAAGCGAUUACUAUACAUAUACAGAUCCUCUUCCAAAGUAGAAAAAGCCAUAGAGCUUUACAAUUCAAUGAUUAAAAAAUUCGGCUCAGGUGUUUCAGUAUGGAUCGAAUAUGGAGAAUUUUUAGUUGAACAAAACAAAAAUGACGAAGCUCGUGAAUUAUUAGGAAAAGCCUUGGGUGUAUUACCAAAGAGAGAUCAUUUAGACGUUGUUCGUAAGUUUGCUACAAUAGAAUUUCAAAAGGGAGAUCCAGAACAAGGAAGAUCACUUUUUGAAGGGUUGAUUGCAGAUGUGCCCAAAAGAUUAGAUAUAUGGAAUGGAUAUAUUGAUCAAGAAAUUAAACAAGAUGAAAAGGAAAAAGUCGAGGAGUUGUUUGAAAGACUCAUAGUAAGAAAAAUGAGCAAAAAACAGGCCAAAUUUUUCUUCACAAAGUGGUUGAAUUUUGAAGAAACCAAAAAAGAUGAAAAAGCAGUUGAUUAUGUGAAGGCAAAGGCUAUUGAACAUGUUCAAGGAACAAAUUGAUUGUAUAUCUGAAACUUUAUACUCUAUUUUUUUUUUGCAAUUGUUACAUACAAAGAUAAUAUAAUUAAUUUUUUUAAUUUGGUUUAUUUUCUACUUUUUAAAACUCAGCGUCGAUAAUUUCUAUUAUAUAUUUUCAUCGUGUGAAUAUUAUAAAAGAAAUAUUGUUUGAAAUUAACAGGAUCUCAUGGUGUUUGGGAACUAGAUGAUUAUGAUUUUUUGCUGUUGUUAUUUGAUGCAAUAGUAAAAGUAAAAAUAGAAAACAACUGCCUUAAUUUGCUG